AUGUAUUUACUGAAGGACCGUGGGCUGAGGCUGAGGCCGGAGGAGGAGCAGCAGAUCCCGGGGACACCGCACAGCUCACGAUGUCCAACUGAGGCCACAGCAGAAGAUACAAUGACUAGUCCCUCAAUGAGUCCUGGACACAGUCUGGACCAGGGUCUGAACCAGGGUCUGGACCAGGGUCUGAACCAGGGUCUGGACCAGGGUCUGAACCAGGGUCUGAACCAGGGUCUGGACCAGGGUCUGAACCAGGGUCUGAACCAGAGAAUCGCAGAGGUUCCACAGAUGAAAGAGGAGCCAGAGGAGCAGAGCAUCAGCCAGCAUCCACAGCACAACACGCACUGUGUUGCAGCUUUGAAUGUUGCGGUGAAGAGCGAAGCGUGUGAGCCCAGAGAAGACACAGAGGGAGAGGACCUGAGACCAGAGACCGACCAGUCGUCUGACCGGGACGAAGACGAAUUAGAGACCGGAGACGGGUCCGGAUCGCCAAACACCUGUCCCUUCUGUGCCAAAGAGUUUCCCCAACUCAGCAAACUGAAAGUCCAUUUAAGGAACCACACGGGGGAGAAACCCUUCAGCUGUUCCAUCUGCGAGAAAGGAUUCUAUUUGGGCUACCAGCUGAAGCGCCACAUGAUGCUGCACACCGGGGAGAAGCCGUUCAAGUGCUCCUUCUGCAUCAAGAUGUUCUGCACGAGCCAAGAGGCGUCCAUCCACGAGAGGAUGCACUCCGGGGAGAAACCUUUCUUCUGCCCCUCCUGCGACAAGUCCUUCGCCACGUCGUCCACCCUGCGCAAACACGUGAUCCGAACGCACACGGACGAGCGACCUUUCAGCUGUUCCUCCUGCAGCCGCGCCUUCUCCACCAAGUGCGACCUGCAGAAGCACGCCGCCAUCCACACGCGGGAGAAGCGCUUCCGUUGCCUCAAGUGCAACGAGGCCUUCUCGGAGCGCGCCGAGCUGAGGGUCCACGGCCGCGUGCACAAACCGUUUGCCUGCGCCCUCUGCAGCCGCGGCUUCACGGUGGAGUUCAAGCUGGAGAGCCACAUGAGGAUGCACGCGGGCGGAAAGAUGUCCAACAACUGUCUCACCUGCUUCAAGAGCUUCCCCUCCAAGUCCAAGCUGGAGGAGCACGAGAGGAUCCACACCGGGGAGAGACCUUACAGCUGCUCCGCCUGCGACAUGUCCUUCGCCACGCUGUCCAACCUGCGCAGACACGGCAGGAAGCACACGGACAGGGCGGACAGGGCGGACAGGGCGGCAGCGCAGUCGUGUUCCUCCACUCGAGCUCAGAGCUGCUGA